AUGGCUAUUGUCAGAGGACAGCGUCCUUUUGGGGACUUUGACAUCGUCAAUAGCCAAGCGCGUAUGAAGAAAGUGCCCGUCUAUAGGGGCAGCACCGCAAAACCCUCAAAGGCACCCCCUCCCGAGCCCUUCGCUGCAUCCAUCAGCCCUUCGCGGUUGAUCCUCAGCCCUUCACGGUUGGGGAAGCGUUCAAUCAACGAUACUAAGGAUGGACGCAUCUCACUUCAGCCUAUAGACGUAGACCGGCCGGCCAAGAAGCUGAGAUCGAUGGCAAGCACAUGGACCGCGAUAAACCAUAAAGCGCCUGCCGAAGAUGACGAAGAAGACUCUAUGGAUAACAUCCAGCCGAGCAUCGAGGAGACGGAAGAGACUCCAGUGACCCCUCAACGCAAACUGGCCAUUCCAAAGAGCCGCAAGCCGGCUCUCGCCAACAUCACGCAGUCCUCCCAGACCUCCAAUUCAGCAAACCCAUCUCAGCCUAGGAACCAAUUGAAGUACAAGGAAACUUCAAAGGGCUACAAGCACACGGAGAAACGAAAGAAAUGGAAGGUAGCUUUGCCUGGAUGGAACGGAGGUCCGAAAGGAGAAAAUUCAUGGAUGGCAAAGAAAGACAGGCCCAAGCUCAAAGCGGAGCUGCAAAAGCGUGGCCUCUCCCAUCUAUUUCCGGAAGAAGAGCCAGCUAAGAAGCGAAUGGUCCGAGCUAUCAUAGACUGGGACAACCACAAAGCCGCCAACGGCCUCAAGGCGGUGAUUCGUUCGCGCGGACGAGGCCUCGCAAACCGGAUUGAUCCGAGCUGGGGCACAGAUAAGGUGCAUGAGCUCAUUGCUCUGCUCGAUCAAGAUGACAAACACCUCGAUGAGAACAAUAAGUGGCGAUUGCCCACCGAAGGCCCCGAUAAUCCCUCGAAAGAAGACCUUGCCUCACGAGCUGCACGGGAUAAGUGGGCAGAAUUUAUCCCAGUAGAGGAUCCGUGCCGGGCGUUCUUCCUUCCUGGUUGGCACCAUCGUUCUGUAGAAUAUGCGAGGACAGGACUAGAAUGCGGACAUUGCAAGUCCCUAAAGGCAUUCCUCAAGCGAUACAAUUUGAUGGCCGUCUUUCUAGACAAAGGUACGUUGCGUGCCGAGGGAGUCUGGGAAGAAGAUGCAGAGAGGGACCGCGAUACCGACAGCGAGGAUGGAGACGACGAGGCAGAGGAUGAAGGCCAGUCGAAAGACGCUGAAGAGAAGUUCGAGGAGGAGGAGCUGUAG